AUGUCAAAUAUUCAAAAUACUUUGAAACGAAUGGUUCGUAAAUGGACCACUAAAGAUGGACUUCUAGGAGAUUAUGAUUAUAAAUAUUUAUUUACUCCAGAUAUUCCAUUUAUAACUAAAGAACUUAAAACUCAACCAUUUUUCGGAAUUGAUUCUGAUAUGCCAAUAUUAUUAGGAGCAAUAUUAGGAUUUCAACAUGCAUUAGCCAUGUUAGCUGGGAUAGUGACUGUACCCAUUAUGGUUGCUUCUACUGCCAAUUUAUCAGUAGAAAUUGAACAAUAUUUAGUUAGUACAUCAUUAAUUGUUAGUGGAAUAUUAUCAUUAAUUCAAAUCACAAGAUUUCAUAUUCCUAAAACUCCUUAUUAUAUAGGAACAGGUUUAUUAUCAGUUGUUGGAACAUCAUUUGCUACUAUUACUAUUGUCACUAAGGCAUUCCCUAUGAUGUAUGCUGAUGGUACUUGUCCUAUGGCUAGUGAUGGAGUCACAAAAUUACCAUGUCCUGAUGGAUAUGGGAAAAUUUUAGCUAGUGCUUGUUGUUGUGCAUUAUUAGAAAUUUUAUUAUCAUUUAUGAAACCAUCAAUAUUACAAAAAAUCUUCCCACCUUUAGUUACUGGUCCUGUGGUUAUGUUAAUUGGAAUUCAUUUAGUAGAAAGUGGAUUCACUGAUUGGGUUGGUGGAGCUAGUUGUCAAAAUUCUGAAACUUGUACUUAUGGGAAAUUUUCUGCUCCUUGGGGUGAUGCAAAAUUUAUUGGAUUAGGUUUUUUGGUUUAUGUAUCAAUCAUAUUGGCAGAAAGAUUUGGUGCUCCAAUUAUGAAAAGUUGUGCCGUUAUAUUUGGUUUAUUAAUUGGUUGUAUUGUUGCUGCUGCUGCUGGUUAUUUCAGUUCCGAUAAUGUUGAUGCUGCCCCUGCUGCUAGUUUUAUGUGGGUUCAUACAUUUAAAUUAACUGUUUAUGGUCCAGUCAUAUUACCAUUUUUGGCCGUCUAUAUUGUUCUUAUGAUGGAAUGUAUUGGUGAUGUCACUGCUACUAGUGAUGUUUCUCGUUUACCAGUUUCGGGAGAAAUGUAUGAAUCAAGAAUUCAAGGUGGAGUUUUAGGUGAUGGUAUUUGUGGUAUACUUUCCACAUUAAUGACCAUGACUCCAAUGUCAGUUUUCGCUCAAAAUAAUGGGGUUAUUUCUAUAACAAAAUGUGCUAAUAGAAAAGUUGGUUAUUGGUGUGCAUUUUUCUUAAUUGUUAUGGGAGUAUUUGCUAAAUUUGCUGGUGCCAUUACAUCAAUUCCUAAACCAGUUCUUGGUGGGAUGACAAGUUUCCUUUUCUGUCUGGUGGCAAUUAGUGGUAUUAAAAUUAUUUCUACUACAGAAUUCACUAGAAGAGAUAGAUUUGUUUUAACAGCAGCAGUAUUACCUGGAUUAGGAGCUACCAUGCUUCCAAAUUGGUUUGAAAAUGUAUUCACUUAUCAAGGUGAUAAUAAAUCAUUAAAAGGAUUUUUCAAUGCCAUUAUUGUGGUGGUAGAAAGUGGAUUUUGUUUAUCAGGGGUUAUUGCCGUGAUAUUAAAUCUUUUAAUUCCUCAAGUCGAAGAUGAUGUAGAAGAAAUUAAUGAAUUGGUGCUUGAUGUCGUUGGUAGUGCUACUGAAAGUGCUAGACAGAAAUUUGAAGAAAAAGAGGGGGUUAAAUUAGAAGCUUUAAGAAGUCAAUUGAGUAAUAUUAAAAGUAAUGGAGGAAGUCAAAAUGGUAUGACUGUACUUCAUAGAAAUGAUGGAUUCCCUGAUUUGAAAUAA